AUGUCCGUCACAGCCACCACCUUCUUGGAUAAUCCCUUGCUCAAGGUGAGUCGUCCGGUGGCUGCGUGCUCGAGAUGUCGGACCGCAAAGAUCAAGUGUGAUGGUAAGCUCCCCGCCUGUUCAGCCUGUGAGCGGGUAGGCAAGGCUAGCACUUGCUCCGGGGCAAGCGAUGAGUUCGCCAAGGGGAAAGAGAGAAGCUAUGUCGCGUCACUCGAGGGAUAUUGUGAGAAACUGGAGAAGAAGAUCAGUCAGAUGCGUGCCCGCUCAACGUCCCUGUCCGCCGAGGGCAACGGGGUCGCUCGGGAAAUGUCGAUCACCUCCGUCGCAUCCGAAGGUCAAUUGGGCCCUGCGCAUCAUAGAGAGGUUUCCGAUAUCGACGACCUAGUGGGAGAUUUUGGAUUUCUGUCGGUCAAUGCAACUUCACGAGACUUCCACGGCAUCACCUCCAAUACCUCCUUCGCCAAACUCCUCCUCUCAGUCGCUCUGGUUGAUUCCAACCAACCCCCUUCACACAACUCACUCCCCGCUCGGCACGAAGCAGCUCCGUUACUACAACAUUAUUUCGAUAAUGUCUUCGUUCAACUGCCACUCUUCGUGGAAACGAGUUUUUGGACAUCGGUAGACGCUGUUUAUCAGUCAGGCGGUCGUUUUGCUAAGCCUUUCGACCACUGGAUGCUGCGAAUGGUACUCGCCAUUGCCUCGGCAUCGAUCUCCUAUCAGAAUAAUGAUAAGAACCACCAAAGGGCACGUGCCCUUGUGGCGGAAGCAUUGACAUAUGCCGAAGAGGUUCUUCGCCCGGGGUCAAUCUCUGGGAUCCAAGCUAUCUUGUUGCUUGCUGAAUAUUCCUUGAUUGAUCCAGCACAGUUCCGGAGUUGGUACUUGGUUGGAAUGGCUGUCAAGGUUGCCGUCGACCUAGGACUCCACCAAGACCCUCCCACCGAGGUCCCAACUGAUGCCGACCGACUUGAUAUUCGCCGGCGUGUAUUCCAUUGUCUCUAUUGCCUAGACAGGGGAUUAAGUUCGACCAUGCAGAGAACCUUUUCGUUCUCCGACGCAUCUGUCAAUGUUGCAUUACCUUUCACGCCUGCAUCAUCGGGGGCUCCCACCGAGCAGAGUCAUAUUUUCUUACGCAGUCCAGUACCUGCCUUGCAUAUUGUAAAGAUCAGGCAGAUACUGUCUGUGGGUUACCAAGAAAUGCAUUACAGUGGGCGUGAACCAUCCCCAGAACCGUUGGUCCUUACAUGGACUCUAUGCUGGCGAGCCCGAGAAUGGUACCGCCAGCGUCCCAAAAUUGCGCCCAAUCACUUCUCUCUCCUGUACCGACUUGAACUUCUUUACACCAUCAUCAUUCUUCUUUCACCUUCGCAUCGAUACCCCACGCUCCAUGGCUACAACAAAGCCCUCCUGUUUGACCGAUGUAUGGACUACAUCAGUCAAAUUCACCAGGUUUUGGAGAAUCCCAGCGCCUUGCCCUUCCUAUCCUAUCUCGACAUCCAACGUGUUCAUCAAGUAGGCCGGCUAUUUGUGUGUGUUCUUUCCGAGAAUUACGACCAACUCAUCAGCGCUACUGUCCCUCCGCCCCCACAUGUUCCAGUAGGGACUCCGGACCCUCCAGUGUUAGAUUCCGAGGACCUAAUUAACUGCCAUGCACGUGCUCUCCGCUGUCUGUCCUACAUCCGCGACCUGCUCAAUUUCUGCGCUCGUAAGUGGGAUAUGCACGGGCUGCUGGAACAAUUCGAGGACGAAUCUGGCUCUCUCAGAAAGACCCUUGUGGACAGCUCCAUGGGUUACAUGUCAGAACAGGGUCUUUACCCUCAAGACCCGUCAUCGGGGAUGCUGCUGGCCGGCGAUUCAUAUUCGGGUUAUCAUUACGCUGUCUAA